CUUCGUCUCGCUCUCGAUGGUGUACCAAGUGACCAGGAAGCGCGGUCGGAUCACUAAGGAAGCGCACUGCGAGAUCUUCUCCGUUGACACGGUCACCGGUCUUUGGUGCCCGGGCAGGACAUUCGCUACCUGCCGCAGGCGCUGUGCCAAGCGGUACUUUAUCCGGACGGCCAGUGUGUCGUCCUCCCCGUCAUCCUGUAGGUACACCAACAUCAACAACCGGCUCGAUCAGUACGGCCUCAAGAAGAAGUUCAGUGCCCACCUCAAGGAGAAGUUCAAGCCCCUGGCGGAGGCGGCCUUCAUCGAAGAAGAACUCCAGCGUUAUCAUUAA